AUGUGGUUUGGGCAUUUGGAGCUGGAGACAGAGUGUGAGGUGCUGUGGCACAAGCAGCUCUACGCACAAGUAUUUGCGAUGGAAGCCUCGAUUCUGGGAUUGCUGUUGCCAGUGCGCUGCAUUUCUGCCGUGUGUUGCUGCCUCUUGCAGCAGAAACCUCUUGCCUUUAGGGCAUGCUCCGACGGCGUAGCCUACAGCAACCUCGUCAACCUUUUGCAGUAUGGAGAAGGCAAUGUAGUGAAUCUGUCAAAACAGCUGGGAGAGCAGCCCAGCUACUUGAAGAUAAGGGGCAGCAGCUUGCACAAAGAUAGAGUUAUUUCUGUGUCCUCUGCUGUUGGGGAGGUACCAGUGCAGUCAUUGCGGCUGGAGGAGCGUGACUGGGGAGAGAGCUGCUGGCAUGGAAGUGAGCUGGGUUUGUCCGUGGGAACUGUGAGUAAGGUUGCCAUCACGAAAGCCAAAGUGGAUUUCUCCGGUGUGGUGUGCCUGCCCCCUUCCGUCAUUGCUGGAAAUGGGCUGGACGGAGGAGGGGCUGGCGAAAAUGAUGAUGAGCCGGUGCUGGUGUCACUUUCGGCGGCCCCCAGCCCUCAGAGCGAAGCUGUUGCCAAUGAGCUGCAGGAGCUCUCCUUGCAGCCCGAGCUGACCCUCAACCUCCAUCAUGGCCGAAACCCCAACCUUCCUCCGCUCAGUGAAAGGAAGAAUGUGCUGCAGUUGAAGCUCCAGCAGCGACGCACACGGGAGGAGCUGGUGAGCCAAGGGAUCAUGCCGCCUCUGAAAAGUCCAGCUGCAUUUCAUGAACAAAGAAGGAGUUUGGAGCGGGCCAGGACAGAGGACUAUCUGAAACGGAAAAUCCGGUCCCGGCCAGAGAGAUCAGAGCUGGUUAGGAUGCACAUUCUGGAAGAGACCUCAGCUGAACCCUCCUUGCAGGCAAAGCAGCUGAAGCUAAAGAGAGCCAGAUUGGCAGAUGACCUCAAUGAGAAGAUAGCGCAGAGGCCAGGUCCCAUGGAGCUGGUGGAGAAGAACAUCUUGCCUGUGGAAUCAAGCCUGAAGGAAGCCAUUAUAGUUGGGCAGGUGAACUACCCAAAGGUUGCAGACAAUUCCUCCUUUGACGAGGACAGCAGUGAUGCCCUCUCCCCAGAACAGCCAGCCAGCCAUGAGUCCCAGGGUUCUGUCCCAUCGCCGAUGGACUCCCGGAUUUGUGAGCCCCUCCCUAGCACCACUGGCACAUCACUAGCUCAGGGUACAUCACAAUUGCAGAUUAGCACAGACUCCAGUGAAACACUUUUCCUACCUGAACAGCCACCCCCGCCUCUGCCGCCUCCACCUCUUCUGCCACCUAGUCUUACCAAUGGAGCAGCUCUUACUGCUGCCAAGCCCCCACCAACACUCAUUAAGCAAAGCCAGCCCAAGUCUGCUAGUGAGAAGUCUCAGCGCAGUAAAAAAGCCAAGGAGUUGAAGCCGAAAGUCAAGAAGCUUAAAUAUCAUCAGUAUAUUCCCCCGGACCAAAAGCAGGACAAGGGAGCUCCUCCCAUGGAUUCAUCCUAUGCCAAAAUAUUGCAGCAGCAGCAGCUCUUUCUCCAGCUUCAGAUCCUCAACCAGCAGCAGCAGCAGCACUACAACUAUCAGACCAUCCUGCCAGCUCCACCAAAGCCUCCAGGAGAGCAGCAGAGUGGUGCCAGUGCCCCUGCUGUACGCAAUCUCUCUGCCACAGUCAGCAGCGCAUCUUCAGUAUCCUCUGGUUCCAGUGGGCUGAUGCGACAAAAUAGUAAUGCUGCAGUGGGCAAGCCUGGCCCCCUCCCUGCCAACCUAGACGAGAUGAAGGUGGCAGAGCUGAAGCAAGAGCUGAAGUUGAGGGCCUUGCCUGUGUCGGGCACAAAGACGGACCUGAUUGAGCGUCUCAGAGCUUACCAAGAACAGAACGGUGCAGCUGGCCAAACAACCCCCACUCCCAAGCCCAGCACAGCAGCCAUCCUCCCAAAAGCUGCCGAAGUGGUGGUAGCCUUCCCAGCUGCCAGGCUGAGCACAGGGCCAGCGCUGGUCACCACUGGCAUUGCACCAGCAGAAGUAGUUGUGGCCACAGUCACCGGUGGUGGCAUGAUGAAGUUUGGCAGCACAGGCUCGACUCCUCCUGUUUCCCCAACUCCUUCUGAGCGCUCGCAAAUGAGCACAGGGGAUGAGAAUUCGGCCACUGGAGACACCUUUGGAGAGAUGGUGACUUCACCCCUGACCCAGCUCACCUUGCAGGCAUCUCCAGUGCAGUUCCUGGUGAAGGAAGAAAGCUCCAAGUCUGCCUCCUGCAGUGUAAAUGCGGCACCCAGGUCGGAGCGGUGCAGCACUGGUAACAGCAGAGAUGCAGAAGUUAGGGACAAAGACCAGAUGCUGCAGGAGAAGGACAAGCAGAUCGAGGAACUCACCCGCAUGCUGAAGCAGAAGCAGCAGCUGGUUGAGAUGCUUCGACUACAGCUAGAGCAGGAGAAGCGCUCUCAGCAGUCACUACCGGCCCCAGUGGCUGCGGGAGAAGGAACAGCCCUUGCCUCCAACCCAGUAGCAUUUGGCACCCAGGUCAAGAGUGAAAACGGUUUCCUGAGUUGCCAGUCUGCAAAGCAAUCCAGUGGCCAAACAGACCAAUUCAGCCCUGCACCAACCGCUAGCCAAAUGGACACUUCGAAUCCAAGCCCAGUGCCAAAGAAAGCCGUGAUGGUGAAGCAGGAGGUGCCAGCCGCAGAAGCAGAGCCGCCGUGCCAGUCCCACAGCCCGCGGCUUUUCCUUGGCCAGCAAGGGAGCGCCCUGAGUGAGCUCAUCAAGGGCACCUUCUUGCCCCAUGGGAAGGCAGGGAGUAGCUGCCCGGCCUUGCAGAGAGUACAAUCAUCGCCCGCUAAAACUUCCAGCCAACCGCCGUGUCAGCUACCUGCAAGCACCCCUCAGCAGCCCACGCAGCAGCAGAAGCCGCAGCCCACGCAGCAGCAGAAGCAGCAGCCGCCCCUGCAGAAGCAGCAGCCCAGAGGACUAAACCAAUCUGUCAGAAAGGGUCAGAAGCCAGGUCUGCAUGUGGUCACGGGGCAGCUGCCCCACACCAUAUUGUCUUUCUCAGCACCUCCAAAUCUGCAGCCCUUCUUCCCCAACGGUUUCCAGAAACGGUCCCUGAAAAUUGGUGCUCCUGGCAAAGCUGGCCCACCCAGUGUUUCAAAAAAGCCCUCAUCGCAGCCCGGCUCUCCUGCUGCCCCUUCCCCACCCCAGAUGGACCUGGAGCAACAACAGCACACGUCGCUUUUUGGAACUCCUCCACCUCCUCUCCCUGUUCCCUCGGUCCCGAUGAAAGAGCCACCAGGCUAUGAAGAGGCCGUGAAGCAACAGCCAAAGGCCCAGGAGAACGGCUGUUCCAGCCAGCAGAUGGAUGACCUGUUUGACAUUCUCAUCGAAAGCGGAGAGAUUUCUGCUGACUUCAAGGAUCAGUCGUCCCCAGCUGGGAAGGAACCACCCGCGGCCCCAGCCUGCUCCUCACCCCCCAGCAGCCACCAUUCCUCAGAGCUGGCGGUGCCGGUGUCCUUGGGGCAGCCAGUGCCCGUGGGCCGGCUGGAGGACUUCCUGGAGAGCAGCACCGGCCUCCCGCUGCUGACGGCAGGGCACGAUGGGCCGGAGCCCCUGUCCCUGAUUGACGACCUCCACAGUGAGAUGCUGAGCAGCUCGGCCAUCCUGGACCACCCGCCUUCACCUAUGGACACCUCGGAAUUGCACUUUGCUCACGAGCCAUCCGGGGGCAUAGCCCUGGAUCUGGCUGAGGCUAACUUGGACAGCAUGGACUGGCUGGAGCUGCCGGGGGGGCCCGUCAUGAGCCUGGCUCCCCUCAGCACUGCAGCUCCCAGCCUCUUUUCCACAGACUUCCUUGAUGGACACGAUCUGCAGCUGCACUGGGAUUCUUGCUUGUAACUCUGUGAGCAGAGACUGAAGGGAAUGAGAGCGGGAGGGCACGGGCAUGCAGGGGGAAGAGGCCAGUCAACCAAAAAAAAAGGAAAAAAAAAAAAAAAAAAGAAACGAGCUCCUAGUAUUUGUACUCCUCCCCCAACAGCGUCCUUCCUGCACGAAGCCGGCAGCGGUGGCAAAGGCAGAGCCGCUGCUCGAGUCACUGCUGCCUGGGCAGCGGGACAGGCCAGGGCAGGGAGAACGUCUGCUGGUGGGAAGAAGAGGCUGCAGGAGCUCUGAGGCUGGUGGCCUCCUGCCCCCUCAGCGCAGCCUGACCCAGCUUGGGUGAGAAGGGAGCUGGCAGCUCCUCUUCCUCAGGCGGGAGCAGUGAUGGCAGCGCGUGGGGCACAACGCUGCCGGGCACGCGUUGCCUCACGCCCUGCGGCAGGACAUCGCGUGGCGGGGCCUGAGCCAUUUUCAGAAAGAAGCAGCACCCCCUGCCUUGCUGGGAUUGGCAAAUAAAGGGGGUUGUGCUGCCCCGGCACGGUCAGUUUAAUGGUUGCAGAAGGGGAUUCUACCUCCGGAGCGGGACGCAAAGGCGGGAGCGCGGCUGCCCUCUGCAUCACCUGCCUGUCAGGGGAGGGGCUGCUCUGCCGCAGGGCUGUGAGGAGCUGGGCAGAACAGGCACCUUUUCCAAGUGUAGCCAGAGGGAACCAGGGUUCCCCAUCAACCUGGUAACGUCCCAAAUAUUGCUGAGCUUAGCAGAGGCCUGCCUGCUUGUUUCACUCACUUUGGGCUGCAAAACAGAUUUUUAAGGUGCUAAAAUCCCGGUCCUUCUCUUGUUAAAUCUGUCCUUCGCUGCCCCAGACCUGCGGCUGUGCCUGCAGUCUGCCUCCAGGCACACCCCCCUUGCCCCCAGCUUCCACAGCGCUUGUGACAGCCCCAGGUGAGCAAAGCAGUCACCCUUGGGUGGGGGUUAGGGACAAGAAAGCAUCCGUGUGUCCUGGUGGCACAGUUAGCGACGAGCAACAUAUCAUUAGGGGCCACGUGCAAUCUCUCUCCUGCCUUCAGCUGUGCUGCUGCCUCCCUGUAGCAGGUGCCCCAGGGGAAGGGAGCAGCUCAGGCUGUCGGACCCAGCAGGCAGGGAAGGGGAAGCGGCACUGCAAACCGGGCGUUGGGCGCCACGACGCCGGUCCUAGCUCAGAAGUGCGACUGUGAGGGCCUCUUUCGGGGGAGAAGUGGGAGCCUGAAAGCAAGUGAGGGGCAGCUGACCUCGGCCCUGCCUUCCCUCAGGCCGGCGGGGCAAAUGGCUGCCUACUGUGAGCUGCUGCCCUGUGUCCCGCCGCUCCUGCCAGCCAGGCCCCGGGGUGGCUGCUGCCCGAGGAGGGGGCGGACGUGUACCCCGAGCCCCCCGAGCCGCGACAAUGCCAUUCCUUGUGCAGGGGUUUGCCAUGGAAACCCCGGCCUGCGCCUCUCCCUCCCUCUCGUGCUGUGACUCCUGCCACGUUUAAGUUCCUGUGUUUGUUAGUUAACAACUUGGUGCCGUAUUUGCCCGGUGAGCCAUGGCCGAGCUGUGCCCCGUGCGGCUGCCCCCGCUGUGACAUCACGGGGACGGAGGCGCUGACCCCCGCUCCAUGGCGGGGAGGGCGAACGCCAGCCCCACGCCGCGCUCCCCGGCAGCCACCAACCUGGCAGCCCGGUGGGGUCGGGCCUGGUGUGCGGCUGGGAAGAACGCCUGCCCGCCUGAGCCCUGCUUGCUCGUUAACUGCAUGGGGAGCCCCUUUCUUAAUCGUUGGUGGGGUGGGGGGAGCCUGCUGGCAGCUGCCUGCCUGCCCCCUUCUCGCCCCUCUCCCAGCUGUAAGCAAAUCCGAGCCUCUUACCUGCUGCCCUCAGUGUCCCGGUUGGAGUGAGAGGAGUCCCCCUUCCUUCCCCCUUGCUUUCUGUUGGCCAAGCUACAGGGUCACGUCUUAAAAAAAAAUUCAGAAUAAAACUGGGACUGGUGGAAACCCCCUUCACCCACCCCCCCGAGCUCUCCCUCACCUCUCCUG